AUUAUUGCUUUAGUACUUUUUUAAAACUAAUCUUUAAAAAAUAAAAAAAAAAAAAAAAAAAACACAACUGGAAAUUCAGAGCCUUCUAAGCCCAAUAGAUUCUCUAUACACGAAAACAGAUGGCUCACUUCUUGAUUCAUUCCAAACCCUAGCAUUGGUUUUUGUUUUGUUUUUAGCAAAUAAUUUGACUCCCAAAUCAAAGCCACGAAGUGCAUUGAUUUAAACUCAAUUCAAUUCUACUCCUAGCAUUAAGCUAUGAACAAGAAAGGGUCUUAAACCCUUCCAUGAGGAUGAACACCAAUUCUGCUUCCUUCGCUCUUCUUCGUUCCCAAAAUUUUCGUCUGAUUGCCGAUUCUGAUGCUGGCCAUUUUGAGCUUGAGAGCAUCCGAUAUAGCAAAGCUGGUUGCCGAUCGACUUUACAGAGAAGCUCUCUUCUUGUACUCCCACCUCCACUCUGCCUCCUUCCGACCUCACUAUUUCACAUUUCCUUCUCUUCUCAAAGCAUGUGCGAAGCUUCAAGCAGCUUCUCAAGGCAAAAUGCUGCAUGCCCAUCUCAUAAAAACUGGUUUUCAUUUGCAUGUUUACACCGCCACAGCUCUGACUGAUAUGUACAUGAAGCUUCGGCUAUUGGAUGAUGCUAUGAAGAUAUUCGAUGAAAUGCCCGACCGAAACUUGGCCUCUAUCAAUGCGUCUAUUUCUGGGUUUGCCCAAAAUGGUCGAUGGAGGUACGCCUUGUGGGCGUUCCAACAAGCGGGGACUGGCACCUUUAGACCGAAUUCUGUAUCUAUUGCUGGCGUAUUGCCUGCCUGUGAAAUGGUUGAACAUGGUGUGCAAAUACAUUGCUGGGCAAUCAAGCUAGGGGUUGAGGAAGAUGUGUAUGUCGCAACAUCGAUUGUAACCAUGUAUUCGAAUUGUGGGUUUUUGAUUUCUGCUAUGAAGUUGUUUGAACGGAUUCCCCGUAAGAAUGUGGUGAGUUACAACGCUUUAAUUUCGGGGCUUUUGCAUAAUGGGGUGCCUCGUGUGGUGUUGGACGUGUUCAAGGACAUGAGAAGAUCUUCCAGUGAAGAACCCACGUCGGUGACUUUGAUUUCUGUUCUUUCCGCUUGUUCAAAUCUUUUGUAUAUUCGGUUUGGCCAGCAGGUUCAUGGGAUCAUUGUGAAAAUUAACAUGGGUUUUGAUGCAAUGGUGGGAACUGCACUUGUAGACAUGUAUUCGAAGUGUGGUUCUUGGCAAUGGGCUUACCAAGUAUUCAAAGAACUGAAUGGAUGCAGAAAUUUAAUAACAUGGAAUUGCAUGAUUGCCGGAAUGAUGUUGAAUAGCCAGAGCGAGAAUGCUGCAAGUCUUUUUGAACAGUUAGAAUCUGAAGGAUUGAAACCUGAUUCGGCAACUUGGAAUUCAAUGAUAAGUGGGUUUUCACAGCUAGGGAAGGGAGCUGAAGCUUUUGCAUUCUUCAAGAUGAUGCAAUCAACUGGCAUUGUCCCAAGUUUGAAGUGCAUCACAAGUCUUUUACCAGCUUGCUCAGAUAUGUCUAAUAUGAGGUUUGGGAAAAUGAUUCAUGGGCAUGCUAUUAGAACCAAUAUCAGCAAUGAUGAAUUUAUGACUACAUCUCUCAUUGACAUGUACAUGAAACGUGGACACUCAGUGUGGGCACAUAGGAUUUUCAAUCAAUUCGAGGUAAGAUCAAAUGACCCAGCAGUCUGGAAUUCAAUGAUAUCUGGAUAUGGAAGGAACGGAGAGUAUGAAUCUGCAUUUGAAAUUUUCUACCAGAUGCAGCAAGAGGGGAUAGUACCCAAUUCUGCAACUUUUAGUUGUAUUCUAUCUGUAUGCAGUCAGUCAGGUAAUGCUGAGAAAGGAGGUGAAAUGUUUAGGAUGAUGAUCAGAGAUUAUCGUUUCUGUCCCACUCUUGCGCAUUUUGGUUGCAUGGUUGACCUUUUGAGUCGAUCUGGCCAGCUGCAUGAAGCUCGAGAACUUAUAGAAGAAAUUCCAGAGCCUUCAUCUUCUGCCUUUGCUGCUUUGCUUAGUGGUUGUCAAUGUCAUUUAGAUUCUGAGCUGGCAGAAGAAAUGACUACGAAGCUACUGGUGUUGGAGCCCGAGAACCCAACCCCUUUUGUUAUUUUGGCCAACAUAUAUGCUAGGCAAGGAAGGUGGGGAGAUGCUGAGAAGGUUAGACGGAUGAUGAAUGACAUUGGAUUGAAAAAAAUCCUUGGUUGGAGUAUUGGAGUGACAUAAAAAAAAGUAGUACAUAUAGACACGCACUAAUAGAAUAACUACUUGAUUGUUCUCUGGUCUGGAGCCAGAUUUAAUUACACCUCUGCCUCUCAUGAGGUACAUAUCUAUUUUAAUGACAAGCAUCACUGGUUCAACAUUUCUUUCACUGCAAAGCCAAAAUAGUUAUCAAAAUGGUUAGGUGGUUCAAAAAUGAAGCAAGAAAUCACAUCUCUGAGAGUAAUCACUCCAGCAACUUCAUUGUCAUCGCCUGUGACAUAAAUUCUAUGGACUGAAUUGGAAGCAAGGCUGUGGAUCACACUGCCAAGAGUUGAAUCAAGCUUGCAUGUUAUGGGUGGAACAACUUUUCCAGUUUCUUGGGUGGAGGCCACAGUGUUCAUGAAAUCUGUAACAGUUAGCUGCCUGAAAGGAGAGUAGGGACAAAGUGAUUUCUUUUGAAACAAUUGAGAUUGAAAAUUGAAAUUGGAGCAUUUAACAAUUUAAUCUGGCAACAAGUACAGCAACCACAGCAUGUGCUGGUUGAAAAUAUUGCCUUUUCGGGUUUUACUGUACCUGAAAUUGGAGAAAAGAUCAGGCUUCAGCAACAGGUGUCUGAUGUCUCUUAUGCUUACGUUCCCAACAAUCUUCUUCUUAGGCCCCUCUAUAACCGGAAGGCCUCCAAUUUGGUUAUCUCUCAUUCGCUUGAAAGCUUCCAGAAUCAUUUCAUCACUCUGGAUGCUGAUAACCUGAACAGUGGAGAGACACAUAUCAUUUGAACUGCAAAAAUGAACAGAUAGCUAGAAGAAUAUGUAUUUUCAGUAGUUGUGGAAAUCCCACCUGAUUAGAAGACAUGAAAGGGAGUCCCAUAUCAGAGAUUGGAUAUGCAGCAAUGCAAUCGAACCAAUCCCUACCCUUGCAUCCUUCAAGCCCCUGAAUAACAGCAGAUUGAGUAAUGAAAUUUGUUAUAAAAGGCUUUCCUGAUUCAAUCACUGGAACAUUCCUCAGCCUGUAUUUUGAGAGCAGCAACAACACACUCAACAUAGAACUAUCAGUUGAAGCCGGAAGAAAAGGAGCCCAACGGAAGGAUUUAAGUAUUGACUUCACCUGAAACAUAGUUCAACAACAAAUACAUCACAAUAUGUAUAUGUGCACCAACCAAAACAAAGCGGGCGAUGGCACUUCUGCUCCCCAUUUUUGUAUCCUGCUCAGUUCAUGAUCACGGUACUCCAGGGUAGCAUGCGGGGGUAAGUCAUCAUAUCACUAAAAGAAGUUAAUUACGUUAACCACUAAAAUGGCCAUGUGUACAGUACUUUAACAGGCAUAGUCACUGCAUCAGCAGGGCAAAGCAAAACACAAAAAUGGGGUGCUGAAGGUGAUCCAACCUUUAAAAGAAUCCCUAUUUGUGGAGCUGAGCUUACCUUGGUGGACUUAAAAGGUUCUUCUUGAAGGAUAACUUUGUAAAAAUCAUCACCCAAAUGACUGGCAGCUGUGGUAGCAUCUUUUCCCACCCCCUUUUCUGCAGCCGCACCACCAGCCACAGCAGCACCAACUGCAGCAACAGUGAGUCCAGCUAUUGCGGCAGGACCCGUUGCACCCAAUGCUAAUGCUCCAAGAGCGCCAACUGCACCCGCACCAACUCCGGCAGCCGUUGCAGAACCAGCUGAUAGAGCAACAGCUGCAACUUCUGCACUCUCCAGCACCCAAAGAAUGAUGCCAGCAUAAUCUAUGAUUCCCAGGUACCUUUCCCUCCAAUCAUAACUAUUUUCUUUAUCUGGGUUUUUCACUGGAGCAGACAUGAUGUUGCAUUCGGAUAGGACUUUGACUGCAUCAGCGACAGAUGAGUCUGCUGAAAUUUCGAUCACUUCAAAUAAAUGUUUCAAGGCAUUGUUUUUUAGUGAUUCAAGUAUAUUCAUUGACUUGUACUAAAUGCACAUAAUCAAUAAAAAAAAACACCUGUAAUAAAAUUACUGCUCACCUUUGCCACCAGGAACUUCUGGGAAGGAUGAAACUGGAAUCCUUGCAAAUGCACCUGUUAAACUCUCUUGUAUUGAAAAUGGCACUUUCUUUC